CGACUUUAUUGGAGAAUGUUAUGUUUCACAAUCUUGUGAACCAUGUUUGAAAACAGGAACAUCAAAAGCAGCUAGAUUGUUUUGCAAGGAUUGUCAAGAGUUUUUAUGUGAAACGUGCAGAAAUCCACACAUCGCAUAUAAAUCUGGACAACAUGGAAUGGUCAUUAUUCAAGAAAGCGAGCCAUCUCAUGUCGCCUUGGACAUGAAAGGAAUGGACAUUUGUAAUGACCAUGGAAAGGCAUUCGAGUUUUUCUGCGAAGACCAUUUAAAACUAUGCUGUACCAUCUGUGUUAUCACACACCGAAGAUGUGACGAAUUGGAUGAAAUAUCCACUAUUUCUUCACGAAAAUUAGCAGAGCUAGAUACUUUAAAACAGUGCUUGUUAAAGUUGGAAGCCGAUACUGACGCUUAUGUAAUUGAAUGCAAGCAAUCGGAGAAACAAUUGACUGAAUCAUUUAGAGACAUAUCUAAAGAAGUAGAAUAUUUAGGAGAUCGUUGCAUUAAACAGAUUGAAGAGGCUAAACGUUCAUUUAUGACUAAGGCAAAUGCUUUGAAGAAUGAAGAGGUUAACCGACUUAACGACAAGCAUGCUGCUAAUACAAAAGUUAAGGACGAAAUUAAUGACAUUUUGUCGAUGUUCUCUGCUAUAUCAAAACAAGGUACAUUCCAGCAAAAGUGUAUAUUUUCUAAACAGAUUGAAGAGAAAUAUAAAACGAUCGUAUCCGACAUUAACGAACAACGAACAAUGCACGUUUCCAAAAAAGUGACAUUGUCUUAUCCAAAAGAGCUUUCGUCGUUUCUUGAAAUGGGGGAGAAUAUUGUGAAAGUGAAAUUGGAACGAACAGAUGCUGCUAAUGGGUUGUGUUGCAAACUGGAAGUCCCUUGUCCGGAGAUCCGACCAAUGGUGCAGUUCCGUGAACUGGAGGUGGAACGGAACGCUGUAAAACUUAUUAAGAAGCUUGGCAAUGGGCAAUUCGGAGACGUGUGGGCAGGUAAAUGGCGUAACACAGUAGAUGUUGCGGUAAAAACACUACUCAUGCCUGGACUGCUGACGCCAGAAGCUUUCCUGGAGGAGGCCAAACUCAUGCAUCUUCUGCGUCAUCAGAAGAUUGUCCAGUUGAUUGCCGUCCGCACGACGACGGAGCCGAUCUGGAUCAUCAGAGAGCUAUUGGUGAAUGGUGCACUUAAAGAUUACCUGCGGAAGGACGAGGGCAGGACAAUCACAUUUAAUAUCAUUGCUGACAUGGCUGGACAGAUUGCUGAAGGCAUGGUAUAUUUGGGGUCUGAGAACUGUGUACACCGCGACCUUCGUGCACAUAAUAUUCUGGUUGGGGAGCACCAUGAGGUCAAGAUCGCAGACUUCAGUUUCGCUCGAAUCAUUCAGGAAGAUAUCUAUAUUGCACCAGACAACGAUAGGUGUGCUAUUAAAUGGACUGCCCCCGAGGCUGCAUUUGAUAACACGUUCAGUAUCAAGUCAGAUGUCUGGUCAUAUGGUGUUCUACUGUAUGAGUUAAUCACCUUUGGCCGUGAUCCAUAUCCAGGUAUGAAAGGUCGCGAUGUGAUAUUCCGGGUCGAUAAGGGCUUCCGCAUGCCCCGUCCCACAGGUGGCCCUGUUGCCUGUCCUGAACCCUACUACGAGCACAUGCUGAAGUGCUGGAAGCAAUGGCCCGAGGCCAGACCGACCUUCGCUUACCUUCAGGACUUCUUCAACAACUUCAUGGUGUCCACUGAAGGGAAAUAUAAACCUAUAGAUUAG